CAAUAGUGAAAACUUACAAUUUCUCUUGUGUUUUUUUAUACGUUGACGUGACGUUGCUAUUUUCGUUGCUCUUCCUAAAACAUUUUCUUCAAUACAUUUUUUUAAAUAAACAUUGAUUGUAAAUAUAUAAAUCCAUAAAUAGCUAGUUUUCUCGCCAAUUAGAAAAAAUCAAUUUGUUUUUAAUUUUAAUCAAAGUUACUGAAACUAACUUAUUAAAACAAGUGGAAAAUAACCGCACGUGAUGGCUUUCAUGAAAAAAAUGUUUUUGCCAGUCACGAUAUGGUAUAUGAUGACAAUAUACUGUAAUUGUGAUAUGUCGUCAGACUUAGAAAAAUCAUUUAUAGAGAAUGAAAUUAUACCUGAUACACUGAAGACCGCACCAAAAAAGAUACUAAGCGUAUCAUAUGGAAGUGACGCCAUCGUUAAUUUGGGCAACGAACUUAAACCAACACAAACAAAGGAACGACCAACUGUGACAUGGGAAGUUGAAAAGGGGGCUUUUUAUACUCUAAUUAAAGUCGACCCUGAUGCGCCAUCUCGAGUCAACCCUGCUUACAGAGACAUUCGACAUUGGCUCAUUAUGAAUAUUCCAGAAUCAGAUGUUGCAAACGGAGACGAAAUUAUCGAGUAUAUAGGGGCUGGUCCGCCAAAAGAUACCGGCUUACAUCGUUAUAUAUUCCUGGUUUUCAAACAACCAAAUGGAAAAAUCGAACAUAAUGAACUACGUGCAACAAAACGACAAAUGAAUAAUAGACCAAAGACAUCUGUAACUGAAUUUAUGAAAAAGUAUAAUUUAAAUGAACCAAAUUUUGGAAACUUUUAUCAAGCCCAAUACGACGAAUAUUCGGAUGUUCUACAUGCACAAUUAAUGGGUUAAAAUUUACAAAUAAUCGACAUAAAAUUGGUGGAUGCAAAUCGUUCUCAAUAUUUUUCUUCGCACAAUGAGUUUUCCGGAAUUUUUGGGGGUGGAUUUUUUUAAUUGUAUUCUCAUCAUUUGCUAUUUAUGAGCCAAACUUUGAAAAAUUUAUUCUGCUUACAAAAUGAAUUAAAAACCGUUGUUGUUUUCAUU